CUUUCUUUGGUGUGUAGUUCGCCAUGUCAUAUCCAAAUUGCAGCAAGAGAAGCAAACAUGGUGAGAUUGAGAAGGAAGAAGCAAUUGAAAAAGAAGUUGCAGUUUCAAUCAUUUCAAAGAAACCAGUCAUUAAAGUUGCUGCCAUAUGCGGUUCUCUCCGCAAAGCUUCUUAUAACAGAGGCCUCAUUCGUGCCGCCAUAGAACUAAGUAAGGAGCAAAUCGAAGGGCUCCACGUGGAAUACGUGGAGACGGCGGCGCUGCCGAUGCUGAAUACCGAUCUUGAAGUGGACGGGAGGUUUCCGGCAGAAGUGGAAGAGUUCCGGCAGAAGAUUCUAGAAGCUGAUUGCUGUCUCUUUGCUUCCCCUGAUUACAACUACUCUGUCACUCCAAUUGUGAAGAAUGCACUAGACUGGGGAUCAAGACCACCAAAUGUAUGGGCAGGAAAAGCGGCGGCGGCCGUAAGUGCCGUGGGUGGCGGGAGAAGAGCGCAGUACCAUCUCCGGCAAAUCGGAGUGGUCCUUGAUCUCCAUUUCAUCAACAAACCGGAGUUCUACAUGAAUGCUCACCGGCCACCGGGGAAGUUCAACGUCGACGGCGACUUAGUUGAUUCCGAUACGAAGGAGGAUCUUAAGGAAAUUAUGUUGUCCUUGCAAGCUUUUACGUUGAGACUUCAAGGCAAGUGUUAAUAACUUGCUAUAAGGGUAACAACACAAACAAGCAUAAAUAAAUUAGGGCAAUUAAGUAUUUUUUAAAUAUUGCCUUUUAUUUAAUCUUAAAAAAAUAAAAGAGAAAAUAUAAAAAAGGUGGAGAAAACAACACUAUGUUCAUCAAUUAAAUUCCACUCAUGAUUAAACUUGUAAUUUUUUUUUCAUCCUCCUUAGCUUGGUGCAAACUUCAACUAGCAAGGAUAAUGCAUUCAAUUAUAUUCGAGAUUCUAAAAAUCGUAUUAUUUUUUAGUUGGUAGUGCUG